AUGGAGGGCCUCGUCCUCGACACGGUCAUCUCAAGGGCCGGCGCGCGCCCCGCAGCGGCGCUCGCCUGCGCCAGCACGCGCCUCCGCACCGCCGUCGCCGACGACUCCCUCUGGCGCGGAUUCUGCGCUGAGGACCUGGGGCUCGACGCGCCCGUCGAUCCGGAGGGCCAGCCUCUCCCUCUUUCCAGGUUCGCGAUGCUAGACCCCGGUCUUUCGUUUUUUUCCUGUUUUGCCCCUUUGUCCCGAUUGGAGCAACAGAGGAGCGAGCGGCCCAUCUCCGGGAGUCGGUUGUUGAUUCUUCAUUUGCUUCUGUUCGCUGUGCUUGGAGUAUAG